CGGAAUUGAUUCUUUCGACCAUCUCGACGGCGCACAGCGUUUGCAUUCCCGCAGCAGCAUAGAGCGCACGGCUGCGCCUAACCCACAUCACCUUCGCAAGUGGCCAAGAGGACGAGAAUGCCCAGCAAGGCAUCCUCCUCUUCCUCAUCGCGUCGAGCGCUUCUAUCUGCUCCCUCAGACCUCAAUGAGCCUCUCACCGUGCCUCUCUCCACUCGAUCUUUUGCGCCCCAGUUCGCCUCAUUGUACCAUUUCAGGCUCAGGAAGCUCAAGGGCGUGAAGAGGGAUGGCGGGGGUCUGUUGAAGAAGGCAAAGGAGAGGUGGGGAGACGGUUCUGCAGCUGCAUCAGCGCUCGAGCGAGGAUCGCAUACGCGUACGCGCGUGCAGAAUGGCAAGCGCAAGAAUAGCGCGCACGAUGAAGAGAUGAUGGAAGAUGAAGCGGAGGAGGAGGAGGAGGACGAGGAUGAGGAGGAGGAGGAGGAGAAGAAGAAGAAGAAGAAGGAGAAGAAAAGAAGCAGUCGAGAUCGAGUGCAGUACGUGGAGAGGAUCUUGGACAUUGAUCAGGGCAAAAUGAUGGUCGUUUGCGGCAUCAUUUAUUGCUCCAUGCGUCUCAAACCGGAUGUCUUGGAAGAUCUGACCAGAGAGCAAUAUCUUCCCCCCGUCCCAGCGCGCACAACAUACGCGGACAACGCAACAGACGAAAUCUUUCUCGAAGACGAGUCGGGCAGAAUACGGCUCGUGGGUGGAACAGCAAUGGACGCUUCUGCAGACUCGCAAGGAUCCACCUCGGCGCACAAUAGCCGCAGCUGGAGGGACAGUCUGGUCACCGGCGUGGUAUGUGCCGUGCUGGGGACUGAGACUAGAGCGGGCGACUUUGAUGUCGUCGAUGUCAUCCUUCCGGGCAUCCCUCGAAGCUUGGCCAAGUCAGACGCAAAGAGCCGGGACGAAGCCAUGGAUGUGGAUGGUGAGAAAGGCGACUGGGUAGCCCUCGUCUCUGGCAUAGAGGUCGGGGAUGAGAAGGCCUUUGAGACGAAAGAAGAGGAGGGCACGAGCGCGAGUGCGAGUGCUGGACAAGAAGACGAUGGGCUAGGGAUGCUCAGAAACGAAUUGCUUGCCGAAUGGCUGAGGGGCGAGACGCUAUCGGAGAUCGACGCAGGUGUGUCGGUUCGAGAUGUUUCGGCCCUGAUCCUGGCCGGCAACUCUUGCGCUGUUCCAUCGGCACUGCGGACAGUGGAAAACAAGGCGGGCCGGCCCCGAGCUUUCAACACCAAUCCGCUGGAUCACUAUCUGGCUGCGCUGACCCAGUCUAUCCAGGUGCAGAUCUUGCCUGGUGCUAGAGAUCCUGCUGGACUCGCCAUGCCCCAACAACCACUUCAUAAAGCUCUGUUCCCCCGAUCCGCAGGCGCUGCAGAAGGCUCGAACGCUCUGAUCAGAUCCACCAACCCUGCUUGGAGCGCGUUCGGGAACGCUCUCAUCUUGGGCACUUCAGGGCAGAAUAUUGAUGACCUGUUCAAAUACGUGGAGGGAGGAACAGACGAAGAUCGAUUGCGCAUGGCUUGCAAUACGCUGCGGUGGGGUCACCUAGCUCCCACCGCUCCCGAUACCCUGUGCUGCUAUCCGUUCACGGAUCGAGAUCCAUUCCUCAUCACCCGUUCACCUCGCAUCUACUUUGUGGGCAACCAACCUCGCUUCGCCACGACGCUUUACGAGCCCGAGCCCGAGUCGGAGUCGGAGCAAGGGGAUGAGGGCGUCGAGGGGAGCGCGACGAGGGUGGUGCUUUUGCCCAGCUUCAACAAGACUGGCACAGUCGUGCUGGUCCAUCGGAGCACUUUGCAAGUCCAAAAAGUGCAGAUCUUGCCGCCCCCUCUUUGAUCCGUCGAGAUCCUCUCGUCACAUCUCUUACACGCACAAGCAUUUCUUCUUGCGG